AUUCAUGCACGUUUCUCUCCAGGUACGGCUGAGAGAAAACGUACCUGAUAAAAUUAGCCGAAUUCGGGCAAAUUAAUCUUAUCAACUUAAACGGUAUCGAUUCAUUCUGUGACAGGCCUACACGGCAGUAAGAAACAUUGAUAAAACAUCAAUAGGGCCACAGCAUUGAGAAAUUUACUUUAAAAAACUCGGAAUAAAUUCGGAAUAGUUCCGUCUCUUAUAUAUCUAUUCAGAGGACUACUAAUGAUGAAGAUGGGGGCUAUUUUUCAUGGAUUGCUAUUAUUUUAUUUCAUAUCUGGUUUAAGAACUGUUAUUUCACAAGAUUGUUCCACGUUCCCUAUAGACACACCCAUAAAUUUCGAUGAAACAGCAAAAAAUGGUUCUCUAAUCUACACCAGCAACUACACGAAUACAACAACCCAGGACUGGACCCUUGGAACUGGUUCCUCGUUGAUCCUACUAACAUUUGAGAACGGGACGUAUAGGAUGAUCUUAAAAAUAGAAUCCGACUACGACGUUGAACCCUGUCAAGUGGGAGGAAAGAAAUACACAGAAAACGUGUUAUGCACACCUAGCGGACAGGCACCGGUGCAGAAGAUAAUAGAGUUCAAUGUGAAUCCAGUCAACGAAUUUUCUCCUGUUCCGAUGAAAAAUCGAGAAGUAACGAUAACUGAGGGUGAUUUGUCAGGUCCGAAAUAUGUGAGUGACCUACAAACAGGAAUCACUGACAAAGACUGUCCAAAGGAAAGUUUUACCUACAGUAUAACAGCAGUAUCUGGUGAGACUGAUGCUAGUUCCUAUUUCAUGGUAAACGAAACAAUGGGAUUUCUGUAUCAAAUCAAAAGUUUUGACCAUGAACAGGAUUCUAUCCAAUGUGGAGUAUUACAACAGUUUGGGGAAUUUGAUUUGAUAAUACAGAACGAUCCGUUCAAUGUAACAGAGAAUAUCAGGGUACGAUUUAAAGACGUUGAUGAUACACCGCCUGUCUUCGUACUCCCAAAUUGCGAUACGACAUGUUACAAGUGUUCGAGGUCUAAUAUAACGACCGUCGUCAAUUACAUGGAUCAGGGAAUGAUUCAAAUAGCCAAAAUUAAAGCAGUGGACCCAGAUACAACGUCACCCAAUAUCACGUACUAUUUCACAGUGUCUCCCUCAAAGUACGAGGACAUAAUUUCGUUGGAUAACGGAACAUUAUAUCUUAUUGAAUCAUUUGCUAAUUUUUCAAAUUCUGAGGAGACAUCAGACUUCGAAGUGAAAGUAAUGAUAAAGGCUGAAAAUAGACUGGGUAUCAUGUCGGAUAAUUUCACUGUAUUCCUGAAUGUGAACGUUCCUGUUACUACCACGCCUGAACCUACUACCGAAUCUACUACAGUCCCACCCACUACUCCCGAGGAUAUAACGACACACACGACGACAACGCCAUCUACGAUAUCAACGCCACCCGUAACAAUCCCAACUACAACACCCGCUCCCACCACUACACCAUCAGUGAAGAACCCAGACCCGGGUAAAAGUAGCGACACUAACGUCCUUGUGAUCGUGUUACCUAUAAUCGGGGUCCUGUUGCUGAUAAUUCUGUGCAUAGUUAUAUACAAAGUCAGGACGGGGCAGCCUCAGGUCAAAUACAGAUUGGGAGAGGACAAUGUGAACCAAAUGGCUGGGUCAGGAGAAAUGAAGAAGCGGGAAUUCACGACCGAGGCGGAAAACCCUGCUUACGUAAAUGAGAACGGCAACGUGUGAAGAGCGGAAAUUCUUCGGACGUGUCAGAUUGGAUGGGAUCUCAUCGUAAUGUCGUAUAUCUAGUUUGUUAAGGUCAGACUUGGAUGUUUCUUGGUUUGAGAUUACUAAAAUAAGAAAUUAUCUUCCGGUUUCAUUCAACCUCACUAUUCUGAACCUUUAGCUGUAUGUAGGACGUAUACUGGAAGAUAUAUUCUGACGUGUUAUGACGUCAUCCUUCUUUAGUAUCAUGGAAAAUAUGAGCUACACAUCUAUUAACUUAGCUAACGAAGGUGCAAAGAUAAACCCUACAUUUAUAACUUUCUUCUCAAUAUCGCUCCACAUCUUGCCAGUUGUGAAUAUGACAUUGAUAUCCUCUAUGACUUCAUCGAUAUCAACGGAAUAAACUGUGUAUCAUUACAACUACGUACAUGUAACAGACGCCAUUCCACGACCAAUGUCUGUUCACUUUGUCAUUAUUGCACACAUAUUUGUUACUCAGAGUCUUCAUGUCGUUUGAAUUUUUUCAAAGGUGCUUAUACAGAUUUAUGGAAUGAGGAGACAGAAAUCAAAAUCAUAACAUUUGAUAUUUGCAAUACUAGCACAUCAGUCAUGUAUAAAUUGUAUAUUUGUAUAGUGAUUUGUAGACUAUUUUACGUAGAUAUACAUGUUUCUGUAUAUACCCAUUGUUGUUGAUCAUUAUUUUUAUAUGAUUUUUGCACACAUACAAAAAAAAACUUUUUUUUAGAUUCAUAAAACCCUCAGCUGAGCUGUGUAUAGAACCAUUAUAACAACACUAUCCCAAAGGUCGAGUGAUAAGAAAAUAUUUGUAUUUCUAACGUUUUUCUCUAUGUUAACUGAAGCUCCACUGUGUUAAUUUUCACACAAUUUACAAAUAGAUGUUUACAAAUUUUUCACUUCAUACAAAAAAUGAAAGGGCAGUGGAUAGAAGUUAGACCGCCUAGUGUUUUGCAUUGGAUAGGAGACAUUUGCUUGUUUUCUCGGUGUGAUGUGUGGUGAAGGCGUAGAAAAUGCUGGUGAAUUGUAGUGGUGAGAAUACAUCAUAGAGUUAUGUACUGAGCUGUCGGUUUGUUUUUGUUUCUGAUCUACAUAAUUACAACAGAGUCUCAUUUAUUCAAGAAAAUAAAGAAACACAAUAUUU